CCGGAGACCUUAUGUCACUCUGAGCCUUUCUGGGAUUGCCCGAGCGAAGCGCCGCUGGGGGAGAGCUGGCCGCUGCGGGAGGCAUGCGGCCGCUCCUAGUGCCCGUCGUCUGUCUGUCGCUGCUGCCGGUCCUCGCACGAGGUUUUCGGUGUUCACAACCUUCAGAAACCUGUCUGAAUGGAGGCAAGUGUGAAAUCUAUGACAAUGGAACAGAGUCAUGCAUUUGCAGCGGGCCCUAUGUUGGUGAGCGUUGUCAAGCCCCCAACCCUUGCCUCAGUUCCCCAUGCAAGAACGCUGGGACCUGCCACACGGUCAUCCAGGGCAGCAUCGUGGACUAUGCCUGCACCUGCCGCCUGGGCUUCUCUGACCGACUUUGCCUGACGCCAGAGGACAAUGCCUGUUUGAAUAACCCUUGCCGGAAUGGAGGCACCUGUGAACUCAUCACACUCACUGACUUCAAGUGCCGCUGUCCCCCAGGAUGGUCAGGUAAAACGUGCCAACAGGCUGACCCCUGUGCAUCCAAUCCCUGUGCCAAUGGUGGGCAGUGCCUGCCCUUUGAGUCCAGCUACAUCUGUGGAUGCCCACCUGGUUUCCACGGCCCUACCUGUAAGCAUGAUGUCAACGAGUGUAACCAGAACCCUGCCAUCUGCAAGAAUGGGGGUACCUGCCACAAUGAGGUUGGCUCCUACCAAUGUGUCUGCCGAUCAGCCUUCACCGGCCAGAACUGUGAGCAGCUCUAUGUGCCAUGCAACCCAUCCCCCUGCCAGAACGGAGGCACCUGCCGUCAGACUGGAGAUACCACCUAUGAAUGUACUUGUCUGCCAGGUUUUACUGGCCAGAACUGUGAAGACAACAUUGAUGACUGUCCUGGCAAUAACUGUAAGAACGGAGGGACCUGUGUGGAUGGGGUAAACACCUACAAUUGCCGUUGCCCCCCAGAAUGGACAGGUCAAUAUUGUACGGAGGAUGUGGAUGAGUGUCAGCUUAUGCCCAAUGCCUGCCAGAAUGGCGGUACUUGCCAUAAUACCCAUGGUGACUACAACUGUGUGUGUGUCAAUGGCUGGACUGGUGAGGACUGCAGUGAAAAUAUUGAUGACUGUGCGAAUGCUGCCUGUUUCCAUGGUGCCACCUGCCAUGACCGUGUUGCUUCCUUCUACUGUGAAUGUCCCCAUGGCCGUACAGGCCUGCUUUGCCACCUCAAUGACGCUUGCAUCAGCAACCCCUGCAACGAGGGCUCCAACUGUGAUACCAACCCCGUCAAUGGCAAGGCUAUCUGUACUUGCCCCUCUGGCUAUAUGGGACCAGCCUGCAACCAAGAUGUGGAUGAGUGCUCUUUGGGUGCUAAUCCUUGUGAGCAUGCUGGCAAAUGCAUCAACACCCUUGGCUCCUUUGAGUGUCAGUGCCUGCAAGGGUAUACUGGACCCCGAUGUGAGAUCGAUGUCAAUGAGUGUAUCUCCAAUCCUUGUCAGAAUGAUGCCACCUGCUUGGACCAGAUUGGAGAGUUCCAGUGUAUCUGCAUGCCAGGCUAUGAGGGUGUUUAUUGUGAGAUCAACAUAGAUGAGUGUGCCAGCAGCCCAUGCUUGCACAACGGCCAGUGCGUCGACAAGAUCAGCGAGUUCCACUGCAAUUGCCCCACGGGAUUCAAUGGGCAACUCUGUCAGUAUGACAUUGAUGAGUGUGCCAGCACCCCUUGUAAGAAUGGAGCAAAGUGUGUGGAUGGCCCCAACACCUACACCUGCGAGUGUACUGAAGGUUUCACAGGUUCCCACUGUGAGGUAGACAUCAACGAAUGUGACCCUGACCCCUGCCACUAUGGAACCUGUAAGGAUGGCAUUGCUGCUUUCACCUGCCUCUGCCACCCAGGUUAUACUGGGCAUCGCUGUGAAACCAACAUCAAUGAAUGUCAGAGCCAGCCUUGCCGAAAUGGAGGCACCUGUCAGGACCGCCACAAUGCCUACAACUGUCUCUGUCUUAAGGGGACCACAGGGCCCAACUGUGAGAUCAACCUUGAUGACUGUGCCAGCAACCCCUGUGACUCUGGCAAAUGCAUAGACAAGAUUAAUGGUUACGAGUGUGCAUGUGAGCCAGGUUACACAGGGAGUAUGUGCAACAUCAACAUUGAUGAAUGUGCUGGAAACCCAUGUCACAAUGGUGGCACGUGUGAGGAUGGCAUCAAUAGCUUCACCUGCCACUGCCCCGAUGGCUACCAUGAUCUCACAUGCCUAUCUGAAGUCAAUGAAUGCAGCAGUAACCCAUGUAUACAUGGGAAAUGCCGGGAUGGCCUUAAUGGGUACAAGUGUGAUUGUGACCCAGGCUGGAGUGGCACGAACUGUGACAUCAAUAACAACGAGUGUGAGUCCAACCCAUGUGUUAAUGGGGGGACCUGCAAGGACAUGACCAGUGGCUACGUGUGCACUUGCCGUGAGGGUUUCAGUGGCCCCAACUGUCAGACCAACAUCAAUGAGUGUGCUUCCAACCCAUGUCUGAACCAGGGCACCUGUAUUGAUGAUGUGGCUGGCUACAAGUGUAACUGCCUUCUACCCUAUACUGGUGCCACCUGUGAGGAAGUGCUGGCUCCAUGUGCCAAAGACCCAUGCAAAAAUGGUGGAGAGUGUAAGGAGUCAGAGGAUUAUGAGAGCUUCUCAUGUAUGUGCCCCACAGGCUGGCAAGGACAGACCUGUGAGAUUGACAUCAAUGAAUGUGUGAAGAGCCCAUGUCGCAAUGGAGCUACCUGUCAGAAUACCAAUGGAAGUUACCGCUGCAGCUGCAGGGCUGGCUACACUGGACGCAACUGUGAGACCGAUGUGGAUGAUUGCCAGCCAAAUCCUUGUCACAAUGGUGGUGCCUGCUCGGAUGGUAUCAAUACCGCCUUCUGUGACUGCCUGCCCGGCUUCCGUGGUCCCCAGUGCGAGGAGGACAUCAACGAGUGUGCCAGCAACCCAUGUAAGAAUGGGGCCAAUUGUACCGACUGUGUCAACAGUUAUACCUGUACAUGUCCAUCUGGCUUCAGUGGAAUCCACUGUGAGAACAACACUCCAGAUUGCACCGAGAGCUCCUGCUUUAAUGGGGGCACCUGUGUGGAUGGCAUCAACACCUUCACCUGCCUCUGCCCACCAGGCUUCACAGGCAGCUACUGUCAACAUGACAUAAAUGAAUGCGACUCACGCCCUUGCCUACAUGGGGGUACCUGCCAGGACAGCUACGGCACCUACAAGUGUACCUGUCCUCAAGGGUACACAGGCCUCAAUUGCCAGAACCUGGUACGCUGGUGCGACUCAUCACCCUGUAAGAAUGGCGGGACGUGCUGGCAGACCAACAAUCUGUACCGCUGUGAGUGCGUCAGGGGCUGGACUGGCCUCUACUGUGAUGUACCCAGUGUGUCCUGUGAGGUGGCUGCCAAGCAGCAAGAUACUGAUGUGGCCCACCUGUGCCAGAACUCUGGGCUCUGCAUGGACACUGGUAACACCCACUACUGCCGCUGCCAGCCAGGCUAUACAGGGAGCUACUGUGAGGAGCAGGUAGAUGAGUGCUCUCCCAAUCCCUGCCAGAAUGGAGCUACCUGUACGGACUAUCUGGGAGGCUAUUCGUGUGAGUGUGUCGCCGGCUACCAUGGAGUGAACUGCUCUGAGGAGAUCAAUGAAUGUUUGUCCCAUCCUUGCCAGAAUGGUGGCACAUGCAUCGAUCUGAUCAAUACAUACAAGUGCUCGUGUCCUAGAGGGACUCAGGGUGUGCACUGUGAGAUCAACGUGGAUGACUGCAAUCCCUUCAUCGAUCCCCUUACCCGGGGGCCGAAAUGUUUCAAUAGUGGCAAGUGUGUUGACCAAGUUGGAGGCUACAGUUGUAACUGCCCUCCUGGUUUUGUUGGAGAGCGCUGUGAAGGGGAUGUCAAUGAAUGUCUCUCUAACCCUUGUGAUCCCCAUGGCACUCAGAACUGUGUACAGCGUGUCAAUGACUUCAAGUGCGAAUGUCGGCAGGGAUACACAGGGCGCCGCUGUGAUUCAGUUGUUGAUGGCUGUAAGGGCAAGCCUUGCAAGAAUGGUGGGACCUGUGCUGUGGCAACCAACACCGGACGUGGCUUCAUCUGCAACUGCCCCUCUGGCUUUGAAGGUGCCACGUGUGAGAAUGAUUCCCGUACCUGCGGUAGCCUGCACUGCAGGAACGGGGGCACCUGUGUCUCUGGCCAGAAGAGCUCGAAGUGCUUGUGUAUGGGAGCCUUUACGGGCCCUGAGUGCCAGUACCCAGUGAGCAGCCCGUGCCUCUCCAACCCCUGCUACAACCAGGGAACGUGCGAGUUCAUCCCUGAGAGCCCCUUCUACCAGUGCCACUGCCCUGCCAACUUCAAUGGGCUUUUGUGCCACAUCCUGGACUACAGUUUCUUGGGUGGGGUGGGGAGAGACAUCACCCCACCUGAAUUUGAGGAGAAAUGUGAGAUCCCUGAGUGCAGGAAGGACACUGGUAAUAAGAUCUGUGAUGGCAAGUGUAAUAACCAUGCUUGCGGCUGGGACGGCGGAGACUGUUCCCUUAACUUCAACGACCCCUGGAAGAAUUGCACUCAGUCCCUGCAAUGCUGGAAGUAUUUCAACGAUGGCAGCUGUGACAGCCAGUGCAACAAUGCUGGCUGCCUGUUCGAUGGCUUUGAUUGCCAGAAAGUAGAGGUCCAGUGCAACCCCCUGUAUGACCAAUACUGUAAGGACCACUUCAGCGAUGGCCACUGUGACCAGGGUUGCAACAACGCAGAGUGUGAGUGGGAUGGUUUGGACUGUGCUGACAACAUGCCCGAGAAGCUGGCGGAUGGGACCCUGGUGGUCGUGGUGCUCAUGCUCCCAGAAAACCUGAAGAACAACUCUUUCCACUUCCUUCGGGAGCUCAGCCGAGUGUUGCACACCAACGUGGUCUUCAAAAAGAAUCCUAAGGGGGAGUACAUGAUCUACCCUUACUAUGGCAAUGCGGAGGAGCUGAAAAAGCACCACAUCAAGAGGUCUGCAGAGAGCUGGGCUGACAUGCCAGGCGCUGUCUUCAAUACCAUGAAGACUUCUCUUUACUCCCGAGUUGGAGGGAGGCAGCGGAGGGAGCUGGACCAGAUGGACAUCCGAGGGUCAAUUGUGUAUCUGGAAAUUGACAACCGCCAAUGUAUCCAGUCGUCCUCCCAGUGUUUUCAGAGUGCAACAGAUGUGGCAGCCUUCCUGGGGGCCUUGGCUUCGAUGGGGAACCUUAACAUUCCCUACAAAAUUGAAGCUGUACAGAGUAAGACAGUGGAAUCCCCGGAGAACCCAAAGUUGUAUCCUAUGUAUGUGGUGGUGGCUGCUUUGGCGCUGCUGGCCUUCAUUGGCUUCGGUGUGCUGGUGUCAAGAAAACGGCGCAGGGAACAUGGCCAGCUGUGGUUCCCUGAGGGCUUCAAAGUGACCGAGUCCAGCAAGAAGAAACGGCGGGAGCCUUUAGGCGAGGAUUCAGUGGGAUUGAAACCCCUGAAGAAUGCCUCAGACGGUGCCUUAAUGGAUGACAACCAGAAUGAAUGGGGAGAUGAAGACCUGGAGACCAAGAAAUUCAGGUUUGAAGACCAAGUCAUGCUGCCAGACAUGGAUGAUCAGACAGAUCACCGGCAGUGGACUCAGCAGCAUCUCGAUGCUGCUGACCUUCGGAUCCCCUCGAUGGCUCCCACCCCACCACAGGGCGAGAUUGAUGCUGACUGCAUGGAUGUCAACGUCAGAGGUCCUGAUGGUUUCACCCCCUUGAUGAUUGCUUCAUGUAGUGGAGGGGGCCUAGAGACAGGCAACAGUGAAGAGGAGGAGGAUGCGCCAGCUGUCAUUUCGGACUUCAUCUACCAGGGAGCUAGCCUGCACAACCAAACAGACCGAACUGGGGAGACAGCCCUUCAUCUGGCUGCUCGCUACUCCCGUUCAGAUGCAGCCAAACGUCUGCUGGAGGCCAGUGCAGAUGCCAAUAUUCAAGACAACAUGGGCCGGACUCCUCUCCAUGCAGCUGUGUCUGCUGAUGCUCAGGGGGUCUUCCAGAUCCUGAUCCGGAAUAGAGCUACAGAUCUGGAUGCUCGAAUGCAUGAUGGGACCACCCCACUGAUCCUGGCUGCCCGCUUGGCAGUGGAGGGCAUGCUGGAGGACCUGAUCAACUCCCAUGCAGAUGUCAAUGCAGUUGAUGAUCUGGGCAAGUCUGCCCUGCACUGGGCUGCUGCAGUAAAUAAUGUUGAUGCUGCUGUUGUACUGCUGAAAAAUGGAGCAAAUAAGGAUAUGCAGAACAACAAGGAAGAAACGCCUCUGUUCCUCGCAGCCAGAGAAGGGAGUUAUGAGACUGCCAAAGUUCUGCUGGACCAUUUUGCAAACCGGGACAUAACCGAUCACAUGGAUCGACUGCCUCGCGAUAUUGCUCAAGAGCGGAUGCACCAUGACAUUGUGCGGCUUCUGGAUGAAUACAAUUUGGUGCGCAGCCCACCCCUGCACAAUGGGCCACUGGGGGCACCCACCUUGUCUCCUCCACUCUGCUCCCCUAACAGUUACAUUGGCAACCUGAAGCCAGCUGUCCAGGGCAAGAAGGCCCGGAAACCCAGCACCAAGGGACUCAGUUGUAAUGGCAAGGAUGCCAAAGACAUCAAGGCCCGUAGGAAAAAGUCUCAAGAUGGGAAGGGCUGCCUCUUGGACAGUUCCAGUGUUCUGUCCCCUGUUGACUCUCUUGAGUCACCCCAUGGCUACCUGUCAGAUGUGGCUUCUCCACCACUAAUGACUUCCCCCUUCCAGCAGUCCCCAUCCAUGCCCCUGAACCACUUACCUGGUAUGCCUGAUGCCCAUCUAAGCAUCAAUCACCUGAACAUGGCUGGGAAGCAGGAGAUGGCUGCACUGGGCAGUGCCAACCGCUUGGGUUUUGAUGCCGUGCCGCCUCGCCUGUCUCACCUUCCUGUUGCUUCUAGUCCCAGCUCAGUAAUGACUAGCGGAUCUAUGAAUUUCGCAGUCGGCGGAACAGCCAGCCUGAAUGGGCAAUGUGAGUGGCUUUCACGACUCCAGAAUGGGAUGGUCCAAAAUCAGUAUAAUCCACUGAGAGGGAACAUCCCAGCUGGACCUCUGAAUCCACCUGCCCAGAGCCUCCAGCACAACAUCUUAGGGCCACUCCACAAUGGCCUUUCCUCGACUACCCUGUCCCAGAUGAUGAGUUACCAGGGUAUGCCUAACACACGGCUGGCUACCCAGCCCCACAUGAUGCAGGCCCAACAGUUGCAGCAGAUGCAGCCACAGCAAAACUUGCAAGCACAGCAAAACUUGCAGCAGCAGCAGCAAAAUUUGCAGCAGCAACAGCAGCAGCAGCACAACACAAGCUCCACGACAGGCCACAUUGGCCAGAGUUUCCUUGGCAGCGAGUUGAACCAACAAGAUGUACAACAGCUGGGGAGCAGUAGCAUGGCUGUGCACACCAUUCUGCCACAGGAGACCCAGAUCCUGCCAACAACCCUGCCAUCUUCUCUUUCUCAGCCCAUGACCACUACUCAGUUCUUGACACCACCAUCUCAACACAGUUACUCUUCCCCCAUGGACAACACCCCCAGUCACCAGCUUCAAGUUCCUGAUCAUCCUUUCUUGACCCCAUCCCCAGAGUCACCUGACCAGUGGUCUAGCUCCUCUCCACAUUCCAACAUCUCCGACUGGUCAGAAGGCAUAUCAAGCCCACCUACCAGUAUGCAGUCACAGAUAGCGCACAUUCCAGAUGCUUUUAAGUGAACACAUGGUGUGUGUCUCACCACAAAACUUGAUAUCUUUUUCUUUCCUAAGAACCAUGAAAGGAAAGAAGACAUUCGGGAAUGUGACUUGACUGAAGGAUUCGAUUUUCUUUUCUUUUUUUUAUAUGUUUUUAUACAGAAUAAGAUGAAAUUUUAAUUUUUUUUAGUAUUUAUUUAUGUACUUUUAUUUUACAUGAAAACACUGCCUUUUUAUUUAUAUGUUCCAUGUAGGUCUCAAAGAAAAAAGUUUGUUUUGAGACAAAAUUAGCUGUUUAGAAAAAUGAUUUUCUUUAAUAAGAUGAUUUUUUGUGUGUGUUUGUAAAGAUAAGCAAAGAUUCAUGAUUUAGAAGUUACACUUAUUUAUUGAUAAUCUUUCUAAAUUCAGAGAUAAAUGAUAGGAAGGGAGGAGAGGGGAAAGAGUUAUUUUUAAACCAGCUAUGCAGAAAAGCUCCCCCAAACUGCAGUUUUUCCCUGGCCCCAUCCCACACCUGCCAGUACCACCCAUUGCCUUAGUCAUCUUUCAGUGUUUUCAGUAUCAGUGGACUGACAACAUCUGUCUCUGCAAGUAGAAGUUGUAAAAGUUUAAAUUUUCAAAAAAACCUAAAAGAAAAGAAAAAAAAAGAUACUUUGAGGCCUUCAGCAGAAGCCCUGUAUUAAUUUGCAUGUCUGGCUUUAAUAAGAAUUUGAGGUAUCUUAAAAUGGAAUGAUUUUUUGAAAUGUGCGUAAAAUGUUUCCUUGAGGAUACAUUUUAUGGUACCAAUCAUGAAUCUUUGUUUACAAUUUCAGUAUUAUGUAGUUUCAGGUUCUUGUUCUUUCAAAAAAAAAAGGUUUUGGGGUUUUUUUUUUUAUUUAAACACUGAUAUGAGCAGUGAGGCCUUCAGACCUAUGCUCAUUAUUAAGCUAAUAGAUUUUCAUACCUUAGAUGCCACCAGUUCAGAAAAAAAAAAAGACAUAAAACAGGACUGCGCAUGGCAUCAACAAAGGAAAAGAAACACCUCACCUUUAAUGUCUUUUUUUCAGGUUCAGCAUAUAAUUGAAUGAACAAGUUCUGGGAUUGGGGUUUGGUAUAACCCCACCUUGAUUUUCUGCUCCUAUUUUUUAUAGGAAGUUUUCCAGGACACUUUAGCUACCUGCAUAAAGGUUUUUUGGUGGUUUUUUUUUUUUAAACAAAUUCAUUAUACCAG